UCGAUGUGUUCGGAAGAGAAGUUCUCUAACAGCGCGAGCCCAGCACUGCUCAGAAAAGACAGAUAGACAAUCAGGCGGCUGCAAAGGGUGGCAGUACGACCCUCUUUUGGGGGGGUCUGAUUAUAACAAAAUAUAUACACACAUAUAUGCAUGCCCAGGGCCGCAAGAUAGGUCAUAUGACGACUGUAGGUAUUUUAGCAACCAUCUAGACGUACAUCUAUACAUUCUAAAAUGCCUAUUUUACUUUUCCUGAUAGACACGUCCGCUUCUAUGAAUCAGCGCACUUAUUUGGGUACGACGUAUCUGGACAUUGCUAAAGGCGCGGUUGAGAUCUUUAUGAAGCUGCGUGCCCGAGACCCGGCUAGUAGAGGCGACAGGUACAUGCUAGUUACAUUUGAUGAUCCACCAUACGGCGUCAAGGCGGGUUGGAAAGAGAAUCAUGCCACAUUCAUGAGUGAACUGAAAAACCUGCAGGCAUCUGGAUUGACUACACUGGGUCACGCUCUCCGUACUUCCUUCGACCUGCUUAAUCUCAACAGAUUAGUCUCUGGCAUUGACAACUAUGGUCAGGGUCGGAACCCUUUCUUUCUGGAGCCAUCAGUCAUUAUUACGAUAACAGAUGGAAACAAACUGACACACAGUUCUGGGGUCGCUGAGGAGCUACACCUGCCGUUGAAUUCUCCCUUGCCGGGCAGUGAGUUGACCAAAGAGCCGUUCCGUUGGGACCAGCGACUCUUUGCCCUGGUGCUGCGGCUACCGGGCUUAUCUGCGCCCGACGGCGAGCAGUUGGGCAGUGUGCCCACCGAUGAGUCUGCUAUCACUCAGAUGUGUGAGGUCACUGGAGGCCGAUCUUACUGUGUGCGGACCCAAAGGAUGCUGAACCAGUGCCUUGAGUCUCUUGUCCAAAAGGUUUUAAGUGGAGUUGUAAUACAUUUUGAGAAAAGCGGUCCAGAUCCACCUGCCAUAGGUGAAGAUGGAUUAGUGGAUCCAGCCCGUCCUUUGACCUCCUUCAGUCCACAACCUUGGCACAGCUGUCACAAGCUCAUCUAUAUCCGACCAAACCCCAAGACGGGGGUACCUGUGGGUCACUGGCCAAUCCCAGAGUCCUUCUGGCCUGACCAGAACUCCCCCACUCUGCCACCUCGCUCUGCCCAUCCUGUGGUGAGGUUUUUCUGUGUCGACUGUGAGCCGAUGGUUAUCGACAAACUGCCGUUUGACAAAUAUGAGCUGGAGCCUUCGCCGCUCACACAAUACAUCUUGGAGAGGAAAUCUCCUCACAUGUGCUGGCAGGUGUUUGUGAACUGCAGUGGAAAACACAGUGAUGUAGCCCACCCGUUCGGUUACCUGAAAGCCAGCACUUCUCUUACCUGCGUCAACCUCUUCGUCAUGCCUUACAACUAUCCCGUUCUGUUGCCGCUUCUCGAUGAUUUGUUUAAGGUGCACAAGCUGAAACCAAACCUCAAGUGGCGGCAGUCAUUUGAUAUGUACCUGAAGUCCACUCCUCCGUAUUUUCUCCUGCCUCUCAAGAAGGCGCUGAGGAUGAUGGGAACCCCCAAUCUCAUCUCUGACAACAUGGAUUGUGGUCUGAGCUACAGUGUAAUUUCCUAUCUUAAAAAGCUCAGUCAACAGGCAAAGAUGGAAUCAGACCGUCUAAUCGUGUCUGUCGGGAAGAAGCCUCCACCAGAAUCAGGCAUCAAGGUGAAGAACCACUCGAGCGCCCUGUCUCUCGCACACCGCCGAGAUUUCAAGCAGCUCCUGCAGGGCAUCACGGGCGAGGUGCCCCUCAGACUCAUCGACAUGAAUUUCAAAGAGUUUGCUGGUUUCCAGAUCGGACUGCUCAACAAGGAGUUAAAGCCCCAGGCCUAUAGGAACGCCUAUGAUAUUCCUCGACGGAGUCUGCUAGAUCAAGUGACCCGCAUGCGUUCCAACCUUUUGAGGACAACACAGAAGUUCCUCAGAGGCCAAGAUGAUGACUCUUUACACAGUAUUCCAGUGGGGCAGAUGGGAAAUUAUCAGGAGUAUCUGAAGAUGAUGCCGUCACCUCUGCGUGAGAUCGAUAUGGAUCAGCCCAAACGAAUGCACACAUUUGGCAACCCAUUCAAACAGGACAAGAAGGGAAUGAUGAUAGAUGAAGCAGAUGAGUUUGUAACAGGUCCCCAGAAUAAGAAGCGUGGAAACACAUGUGAUCCCAACUCAGGCACUGCCCUGAAGAGACGGAGAAGUAUGUCUCCACUUCUGCGGCGGUCCCAAACACCUCCCAUAAUAACAAAUCAUGUACUGGGCAAGGGCACCGCAGGGAGCCAGGGUCAGCAAGGAAUCAUCAAAUCCAUUCCACUCCACAAAGGAACAGAGGGUAACAAUGUAGCGGGCACAGAAAGUAAUGGAGAGCAAACGCCAGGCGGCGAGGCUGGAGAUGGAUGGCCUGGAGGAGAGGAUGGUGUGGAAGGAGAAUCUGAACCCCCAGAGGAGAGGGGAGAGAUGGGCACACCAGAUGGCGGUGAGGAGAGAAUGGGAUUGGAGAACUGUGUGGAUGAGAGACCCUCCGAUGACACACAGAACUGUGAGGACCUAAGUCCUCCGAGCCAAGAGGAGGCGAUGGAGGGAAACGGAGACGAAGCUCCGGAACAGGGCACUAUAGUUAUGAUUCCUCUAGAGGGUAGUAAUGCAGAGCUGCGCACUCGAGUCGUCAAAGAGGUCCGCAAGCCCGGCCGGAAUUACGAAGCUGUAUUUAGAUUACUUGAGGAGGUGAAGGGACCAGUAUCAGUACAGAGGUACUUCAUUCAUCAUGCCAUCAAAGAGGCAGCCAGGUUUAAGAAACGUGUGCUGAUCCAACAGCUGGAGACGGCUCUGGAGGAGAUAGAGAACACACAGGUGUUACCUGCACAGCUCAACAACAUCCACAGCUGAUAGUGAGACGCGCACCUUGGAACACGCAAGAACACGAGGAGCGGCGGGCAAUGCUAGCCAAGUGCCCUGGUUUGAGACCCGGCCAUCCGAGGGAUGGUGAUGAUGUGGUCCACCUGAACCUCUCAGUUAACUCUUUUAGAGUACUCACAAUGUAGAGCGUUCUUGUAGUUCUGGUUUGACAGUAAUUCACUGUCAAUCUCCAGGAGAUGGCCUGAAACCAAGCACCAUUUAAGAAUAAAAGACGGUUCUUUAAUAAGCACACUCCAGAAAAGCCAAGUCUCAAGCACUGUGUAAAAUUACAGGGUCAUCCAAUGCAGACGUCAAUAUCUGUAAUGCGAAAUGAUUACUGUGUGUUUGUAGAUUAUAUAUGCCCACUGUUUUUGACAUUGACGGAUGAUUGUUGAAUAGUGUGGAAAAACCUGUUGGAUUUGUGUUUGCAUAAAAUGCCCACAACCCAUGAGGUUAACAACAAAGUUGGACAUUCAAAGCAGUCUGGAGAUCUUCACUGUUGUGCAGUAGAUCUCUUAAGAGCAAUAACAAUCAUCAGUAUGCCAAGCUCAGUUUUACUCCCAACACACAUGCAGUUAAGACUGUUUUACAGAUGUUUCAUCCAGUCAGAACCUCAAAUAAGGUGUUUGUUUCAGUUUGUGUGGAUUCAGUGUGGAAUCUUAAGAGGCCUGUUCUUGUAUUUGUGGUGAUAUGUAUCGUCACAUACUAGAUAAGUGUCAUUCAGCAAAAUAUUUCAACAUGCAGUGUCCUAUAAGCAAUAUACUGUCUAAUGAAAGCUGUCACACUCAUCUUGUCCAAAAGAAAAGGUUUCAACACAAAUGGUGAAGCCUUGAGCAAUUGGUCCAGAACAGAGCUUUCCAAUAUGUUUCAGUAAGCAAUGCUCUUCACCCAUUCAUCCGAGUUAGAUGAGUCGAUAGUUUUAUUUCACAGAUGUACGUUAGUGACCGAGUUGUUGUUUUUGUUCAUUUUUUAAAAAACAGAUGUAUACUUUUAAUGUUGAUAAAUAAUAUAGAUUAUUUUUGGAUGGUAUUCCUACAAGAACAUGAAAAUAUUUUAAGAAUUGUAUAAAACAUUUUGUAAACUGAUAAUGUAUAGAAAGUUUUAUGAUUUUUUUUAAUGAAAACAAUAAAAAAUUAAAGAAA